UACAAGAGUAUACUAAAUUAACUUUUGUAGAUUCUUGAAUGAAAUACAAUACUCGUAGUUGAAAGAACCACUCUAGCAGAACAUGAAAGGUCAUCGGUUGCCCAAACGUAAAAAAGAAUGCUGCAUUUGAGGAAUCUAGCUAGAUUAAUGUGUCUGUUCAAGUAUUUUUGAUUCUAGUAGUAGUUAUAGUGCCAAACACAUAAAUACUCUUUCACAACUGAUCGAUCAUACAUAGUUGGGCAUGGCUUAUAUUCCACCGCACAAGAGGCACUCAAAAGGUUUGCCGUUGCCGGAGCCAACUCCGGCACUGGAGACUCAUCUGUUACCUAGCUUCAGGAAAAAAGUAAAUCUCAAUUCGUUUGGAGGUGAUCAGCAGAAGAGAAAGGAAAAGAAUUUCCCUAGGAAGAAUGUCGCUUACACUGAUGAUGCUGUUGUGAAAUGGUUCACCGUUGGCUUGGCUGAUCAUUCUCCAUUUUCGUCUCUUCUGAGGCUCCACCCUGUUUCACUCGAGUCCUUUGAGCAAAAAUCACGCCAAAAACCUUUGUCUUUACUUCUCCCGGAAGGUUGCAGUGAAGGAACAAAUGAGCUUAUAGAUAAACCAUGGCUUUUUGUUGCUGAAAAUGUGAAGCAGGACUUAUUUUUGUCAUUUCAGCAUAUGAAGCGUGAGAUGGAGGAAACCGAUAUGGCUGAAGUAAAGCCGUCUGUAGUUGCUCGUUUUGGAAAAGUUCUCUUUUAUGGGAAUUCUUCAAUUUGUCAAGAAUCCCUAAAAACUAAUCCUUUGAGUGAAACUACUUUGAGAAAAAUGAAAAGGUUUUUCCAUACGGAUGUUCCUCCUGCAAAUAUGGAUUACAUGGAAAACCAAGUAGCUGAGAAACUUGGGCUAGAAUAUGUGCAAGGGAAAGAAUUGUACUGUGUAAAGCUUUCCGAUGAGUUGCGGCCUGAAUCUACUGUUUCCUGCAAAUGUACUGUGGCCAAAGAUCAUAAAAAGAUUCAGCAUUAUAAGAUUGAGUUAAACCGAGUACGCCACAUGGUAGCAGACAUGAGCUGUCUUGGAAAGAGUUCAGACUUGAGGUUAAUUCUAUAUACCAAGAAAAUCAACAUAGCUUUAUCUGAUGAGGAGAUUAAUGAAAUUAAAGAUCUUAUUGGUUCUGCUAUUUUGGACUCAGACGUUGAGGGUGGCUUAAGAUGGCCCUUAGGCAAGAAUUCUUCGGGGGGUCGAUAUGUCGUUUCUAGUAUUGGUCACACAACUGCUAAAUCAUAUAGAAAUUCGUCAGUUAGGUUUAAAUUUCGACAUGCAGAUCGAUUUGAUUUCAAAUCUUCAAUUGGUGAGGUUUCUCCAGAGAUUUUCCUGAAAAUGCCUGGAAUUAUAUCCCAGUUGCGAAAGCAAACAAUCGAUGAAAACCUGGUGUUUGAAAUGCUUGUAGACAACUUGAAGUUAAUCUGGGAUCACUGUCUGUUAGAUGGUUCUUCAAGCUGACCAUGUUUUAUUGCACCGUGGCCCUUCAUUUUCUCCCUGCAAACAUCCGCGGAACUGCCAGACUUAAAAUUUCACAAAGUUAACUCGUGUUGGUGAAGAAAGGUUUGACCUUUGAGUUUUGCAGUUGUGGAAUGUUAUUGAACUUUGUAGUUUUGAAAUGGAACAAACUGACCAGGGCCUCGGAACUGUCGACGGUUUUGUUAUUAAGCCGUAACGCAUAGAACAUCGUUGCUGGACUUGCUAUUGAGUUGGAACGUUUUGAUUUUACAUAUAUAUCUGAAUCGAUGUUUGACAGUA